AUGGGCAUCAAGACACUGUUUCCGGCUUCGAGCCAGAAGCCGCGAUCACAAUACUCCAUUGCAAAUAAAGUUGGACCUGGCAAGAAGACCGGCUUCGGUCCCUGGAGUGGAUCUGAUCUUGCUCUUCUCAAGGACAAUUUCUCCAUCUCCACCUGGCUCCUCAUGGGCGGUGCCAUCCAGAUCCUUCUCUCUUUCAUCUUCCCUCGCUCUUAUGUUGCUUUCCCUGUUCUCCUCAUCUUGGCAUGGAACAUUGUCGACGCUUUCCUCAUGCAGUUCGGUCUGAAGAGGAAUGUCUGGGCCGAGGGUGUCAUUGAUGGAAAAUGGAGCGUGGGAUAUCCUUCCGAGGGAGAGACAGAGGUGGUCCAUGGAAAUCCGGGCGACAACGGUCCACGCGCGGUCAUGAUUCUAGGGGCAAGAAGCAAUUCACCAAUGGGCAUGUUUGCUGACGGCUACAAGGAAGUUGCCGAUCGCUUCCGGGAUAUGCUUGUGCAAUUAGAGGAUACUCGAGAAGAAAGUGGCUUCAUGGGGAUGUCGACCUGGAUCAAUGGUGGCGAGCGGUCCACGGGCAAUGAACUCGCUACCAUUUCGUACUGGCGCUCGGUUGAAGACAUUCACAAUUUUGCUUUGUCACCGAUCCAUCGCGAUGCCUGGAACUGGUGGAAUGACACGGUGUCGAAGCACAAGCACAUCGGUAUCAUGCAUGAAAUCUUUGCUCUGCCCGAACGCCAGGGAUGGGAGGGCAUUUAUAUCAACUAUCACCCAACUGGCCUGGGCGUGACGACCCGGCCCGUUGAGGCAUCCGAAAAGGGAGGUGAGAAGGUGUGGAUCAACCCUAUCGUGGAUGCCAGCCGAGGUGUCUACCGCACAAGUCGAGGACGGAUGAGCAGAGGAGACCCUGAGGGCAAGAGCAACGACAAGGUGGCCAAAAAUCCCUACUCUCCGGUUGUCUACGUGAACUAG